GCAUGAACUCGGCCUCUCCUUCUCACUCUUAUCUGCUUGACUGCUCUGAUACUUCUUGAUUGCUUGAUUGCUUGAUUUCUCACAGAAAUGAAUUCUCUGGGCAUCACUGUGGUUCUGGGACUACUGGCGGGGGUCUGGGCUCAGAUCAAUGUGGUACGACCACUGUGCGACUCCGCUGAGGGAGAAGAGGCUGCCCUGGUGGCUCAGGAUUACCUCAAUGCCCAGCACACUCAUGGCUACAAGUAUGCACUGAACAGGAUCGAAGACAUCAAGAUCUAUACUGAACCUAAUGGAGUCGACACAUUUGUCCUGGAAGUUGACCUGCUGGAGACAGACUGUCAUGUGUUGGAUCCCACACCUCUUGCCAACUGCACAGUCAGGCCGAAAGUAUUGACGGCAGUAGAAGGAGACUGUGAUGUGGUGUUGAAGAGGGUUGGCGGAGUUCUGACUGUCACAGCAUUCAAGUGUAAAACAGAAGAAUCAACAGAGGACCUGUGCAUGGGCUGUCCUUCCCUUCUUCCCCUAAAUAACACCAACGCACUGGACUUUGUCCAAGCCUCUCUGGCAACCUUCAACAACCAAUCUGUGGACGACGCAACGUAUACUGUUAUGGAGGUUGGAAGGAUGACAUCACAGAUUGUAUCUGGUGGGCCAUUCUAUUCUGCGGAAUAUGUUGUAGUUGAGGCUAAUUGCACUAAUGAUGUCUGUGUACCCCUGGAUGACGCCAUGGCUGCACGUGGUAUUUGUACUGCCAAAGGUGUGAGCACUGCCCACACAGUGGACUGCAGGAUGUUUUUAAAUCUGGUGCCUGUUGUAGAUGCCAACAGCACUGCAGAUGCAGCUCCUGUUGUGCCACCAGUGGUCCAUGUACAAACAGGUAGCAUGUCACCCAAGCAUGGUCUGAGGUUCCACCAGCUGACUACUCUCCAUAACCCUGAGCUAAGCGGCCAUCUGUCUGAAUCAGGAGAGUCAAAUGAAGUUGUACUCAUAACACCUUCAGUGGCUGAUCCUUCUCUAGCUGCUGCUAAUCCUACUCCAGCUGCAGCCGAUCCAGCUCCAGCUACUGCCGAUCCAGCUCCAGCUGAUCCAGCUCCAGCCGAUCCAGCUCCAGCUGCUGACAGUGGAUCAGCCUCAGAUUCAGAUUCAGAUUCAUCCAGUAAGGAGGUCCCGCAUAUUAAUUUUAAGAGAGAUGUAUCUGACGCUGCGACUCAAACAGACCCCAUCAUUGUUCUUACACCAGUGUGCCCAGGAAGGAAAAGAUUCUUUUAAGUGUUCAGGUCCCACAGACUCUCUAUACUUGGUUCCUUCAGUGACACUGGCACUAGAGUAAUUUAUGACUUUAAUUGAUAACUGAUGUCCUGUAGGUAGAUGUAACACCAAUACACAUCCUUACAAAUACAGAAAAAUCCGUUAUUUGACUUUGUCAAAUCACAUACACAAGCAUUGUGCAUUGCAAAACAAUUCUUGAAAUAUCUGUAAAAUGGAUGAUGAAGAUUUGUAUUUCAUGCUGAAUAAAUCUCUCAAGUCAAA